CAGCGAUACAGCGCGCGCAGACACUGCUUUCCAUCUUCCGCGUUUUAUUUAUUUCUUCUCUUGACAAACCUUGCAAAUCUUACUUAAUGAUCACAUCGAAGACAGACAAAAAAAAGGACAAAGCAAAAAAAAAAACAAAGAAAAACACAAUGUCGAUUUUUCUUCAACCCAGCCAUCUAAGCGUAAGCCUGGGUGCAAUUUCCCGGUCUUGAUUUCCUUUCUUUUUCUUUUCUUCUUUUUUUUUUCUUUCUCUCUCCAUGUCGGCUCGUGGAGGCGUUCUUCAAGCUGAAGUGUGUCAUCGUGUGUCGGCCGCCGUUUCUCCCCGAACAUGCUGGGCUCCUCAACACACACAUAACGCACCGAGGAGCAUCGGCGUGGCUCCGCGUUUCCAGCAGGACGCAGACCUGGACUAUUUUUUAUUCUGAUCGAGCACACAAGACGCCUUUCCCCCCUUUGCAAGGGAUUGCUUUCUUCAACUUCAUAAAAGGGGGAAACCAUAGACUACUACACGCUCUGACGUCCGCAUCACAGAUUUUUUAAUGUGCAUAUUGUUUUUCUUUUCUCCAGCAGUCGCUUUCGCCCUCGGAGAAACGAACCUCGUCCGUCCAACAGCCAUUACACUGGGAUGCUGCUUUAGAUUUUUGUGGGGUCUUUUUUUUGUUUGUUUAUUUGUUUGUUUGUUUCUUUUUAAUCCACCGCACCCCCUGAAAUCUCCAACAUCUUUCAGAGCUGAAGGAGGACAAGACAACAUCCUUAACACACAUCACAGUGUGGAGCAAAUCACCGGAACCAUGGCUCGUCCGCAGAUUCGGACCGGGAUUUAAAUCAUCUGAGUGACAAGAAGACGCCACUUUUCUUUUCUUUUCUUUUCUUUCUUUCUCUCUUUCUUUCUUUUCUUUCUUUCUUUCUUUUCUUUCUUUUUAUUUUUCGCUUCUAAUUGGCGUAGGAAGACCCUUUUUUCCCAUUACUUCUGAAUUCAAGUGAAAUGUAAUCAUGAUGUGUGAUGUGCUGUUGGUCGAGCGGCUCUGUGACCUGUACGGAUUUCCAUAACCGGGGAAAACACCUUGGGACCAAUUACGAGCUUUUUAAAUACCCCACUUCUCUGCUCUUUUUUUUGUUGCAGAGCAAUCACAUACAUGUGAUCCAGUGGGUCUGAUUUGAGCGAUUGAUUUGGCCCGUUUUAUCCCGUUCCUUGUGUUGGAUUUUUUUUUCUUCUCUAUUAUCGUUUUGGACCACAGGAGGUUGGAUUACUGAAGGUGUACAUAUAUAUAAACGGAUUUGUGGAAAUGUUGGGUCCUCACCAAGAAAGAAUAUGUGGAAUUGUCUCUGCUCUGACAGUGUUGUCGUCUGUCUGCUUUGUACAAUGCAAUUCUGCUGGAUCUGGAAUAUCUGUGGCCAAAUCGACAGUGGACAAACUGUUGAGGGGGUAUGACAUCCGUCUCCGGCCGGAUUUUGGAGGUCCCCCAGUCAUUGUGGGAAUGAGCAUAAAUAUCGCCAGCAUUGACUCCAUCUCAGAAGUCAACAUGGACUACACCAUCACUAUGUAUUUCCAGCAGAGCUGGAGGGACAAGCGGUUGGCGUACGCAGAGAUGGCACUCAAUCUGACCCUCGACAACCGUGUGGCUGAUCAGCUCUGGCUACCUGACACCUAUUUCCUGAAUGACAAGAAGUCCUUCCUGCACGGGGUGACGGUGAAGAACCGCAUGAUCCGGCUCCACCCUGACGGCACGGUGCUGUACGGACUGAGAAUAACCACAACGGCUGCAUGCAUGAUGGAUCUGAGAAGAUACCCCCUGGAUGAACAGAACUGUACCCUGGAGAUUGAGAGCUAUGGAUACACCACAGAUGACAUCGUGUUCUUCUGGCAAGGAGGCGACAACGCUGUGACCGGAGUGGACAAACUGGAGCUGCCUCAAUUCUCCAUCGUGGAGCUGCGUCUCGUGUCCAGAGAAGUGAGGUUCACAACAGGCUCGUAUCCCAGGCUGUCACUGAGUUUUCGCAUCAAGAGGAAUAUAGGCUACUUCAUCCUGCAGACCUACAUGCCCUCGAUCCUGAUCACCAUCCUCUCCUGGGUGUCCUUUUGGAUCAACUAUGACGCCUCUGCUGCUCGGGUGGCACUCGGGGUCACCACGGUACUCACUAUGACAACCAUUAACACCCACCUGCGGGAGACCCUCCCAAAGAUCCCCUACGUGAAAGCCAUCGAUGUCUACCUCAUGGGCUGCUUCGUUUUCGUGUUCCUGGCCCUUCUCGAAUAUGCCUUCGUCAACUACGUGUUUUUCGGACGAGGACCCCAGCAGCAGAAGAAAAUCAACGAGCGCCUCAACAAAGCUAACAACGAACGCCCACGCUACGAGGACAAACGCCUGCGAGAACAGGACUCCAUUUCAGCGCCGUUUCAAAGCAACACCCUCAGGUCAUACACACAGCGAAGAAAUCUGUAUCUCGAAGAACAAAGAAAAGUUGGGGUGGACGCUUACGGCAACAUCCUGCUCACCACCCUGGAGAUGAACAACGAGGUGAUGCCGUCAGACGUGGGCAGCAGCGUAAGUGACUCACGCAACUCCGUCAUGUCGUUCGACAGCUCGGGCGUUCAGUUCCGUAAGCCUGUCGGUUCCUCGCGCGACGGCUUCGGCCAUCACUCGCUGGAGCGCGGCGCCAUGCGCAGUCGUGCCAACUGCCGCCUGCGGAGGCGCUCGUCCAAGCUCAAGCUCAAAAUCCCCAACCUGACGGAUGUAAGCACCAUUGACAAGUGGUCGCGCGUGAUUUUCCCCAUCACGUUCGGAUUCUUCAACCUCAUCUACUGGUUGUACUACGUGAAUUGACACACGUCCUCCCAGGAAACAUGGGCCAUAUUUUGAGAGCACACACUGAAUUGGCUUUGAUACAAUUGGAAAAUAUGUAUACACAUAUAGGAAAAGUUCAUACAUAUGUAUAUGCAUAUUUCUAUAUCUUAUAUUUCUAUACACACAAUGCGGAAAGGACUUUUCUGAUGUAAAAAAAAAAAAAAAAAGUAUUAUAUAGAUUGACUUGAAUGUUUAAGAAUCAUGUGAGACAAACAUUUCUUUUACUUCUGAAACUAACAAACGUACGAACAAGAACAAAAAAAAAAAAAAUCCUCCCGAGGGUUUGGAACUAAGGACUGCAUGAUAUUUUUGCUAAAAGAAAGAUUGCAAGAUAUACAGAAAAAGGAUACGCCAGAGCAUCCUCAUCCGGCUUUUUAUCGAUACAUACUGCAAUCAACCUUUUCCCGACUGCAGCUCAUGAAAUCAGUCAUGGCUCGUAUGCUUUUGGGCACAGACCAGGCAGAACCCAUCCCUCCGUCCUCGAUCGUCACUGAGCCUCCUGUCCUUUCCUCCUGUCCCUCGUGGAAGGGACUCACGAUUUUGUCCCCAUGAUUCAAUGCUGUACAGCAAAUCCCCCUCCCCCCUUCUCCUCCCUUGGAUUUUGUGAUGAUUUUUUUUUGUUGUUGUUUUUCUUUUUUCAUGAGAGACCUUUCUCUUUCCUAGAUAUAAAGCUCUGGUCAUUGGUUUACACUGGACGGCCAUCCCGUGUUUUGAAAACAAACAAACACACAAUCCCCGCCCAGAGUUUUGUUUAUUUUUUUUUGUUGUUGUUGUUUGCUGUUGUUGUUGUUUUUCUCUUAAUACCAUUUCCGUGAGCCUUGGGAAUUUCUUGCGUUUUCUGGUUGUAAGGAUUCUGACUACUCCGGUUGCUAUUAUUUUGUCUUUUGGAAAAAUAAAUCCGUUCUGGGGAGAGCAGUUAAUUAAGCAUAGAGUUCUAGAGUUAGCGCAUCGCUAGAUAACGAGCCACCUAUAUGCAUUGUUUGUUUUCGUUGAUUUGUUUCGGUUUUGUUUGGAGAAAAAGGAUAAACAGCAUCAAGUGUACAUUUACUCAAUAUCCUCCAUCCGAUAUGGUUAGGUAGUAGAACUGUACUCUUACUUUCUUCUUGUUCCUAGUGAUAAUCAUCUGUUUUGUAGAUAAAGUACUCAUCAUUAUCAUCGUCCACUUUGUGUUGUGUGAGGACGUGAAAAAAAAAAAGAAAAAAAAAAAAAAAAAGAGGGACCGUGGUGAGCUGUUUGUCCGAGCUUGGUUUUGAAGUUAAGUCCAUCAACUAUAUGAAGCUGUAUUUAAAAAAAAAGAAAAAAAAGAAAAAAUGUGUAUUAAUACAGAAGAGAUGGUCAUUGUUUUACAAUCUGCUAAAUAUUUCAGUGAUCAGCCCAUCGUGUGACCUGAUAUUGUACGUGAUAACUCGCUCAUCUUUAAUGGCCCAUGCUCUGAGAACAGUUCAUUAUCUUCUGGGUUUGUUUGUUUGUUUGUUUGUUUGUUUGUUUGUUUUCCUUUCUUUGUUUUUGUUUUUUUCUUGGUUCCUCUAAAAUGUGCCUGUCUGCAACCUGAAGUAGGUGUCCUCAAUCGAUCACUGAAGUAAAAGAGGGCUAAACGGCGCUCAGUCUUUGACCUGCAGACCCACCCACAGCCCUGAUGUUACACAUCUUAGGAUUCAAUCCCAAAGACUGAUGACAUCAGCAUGAUCAGGAACAAAAAGAGCUUCUGAGUCUUAAUGGGGCAAAAUAAGAUGUAUGAUAAAAGCCAUGAACUGACGUGACAACCAAAAAGGCCUAUAAACCCAUUCUUAUGUCAUUCUUAUGAAUUUCAGUGUAAAGUCCACGUCAUCAUGUCACGCAGCCAACCUCAUACACGUAACCAUAACCACAGACACCAGUUCUUACCAGAUCCAUCCAGCUCCUCUCUCCAGAGGUGUUCCAGACGGUCAGCGGGGUUGGGUCGGUCCUUCAGGAGGUACAAGGUGGAUGCUUUGUCUUUGACCAGACAUGGAGCUCGAGAGCCCUGAAAUCUUCUGCGGUCCGGAGGUGGAGGAGGUUCUGAGCGGGUCUCAGUUCUCAGAGCCGAGUAGAUUCCUCCGGCUCUCAGCUCGCUCUCAUCACACUCCAUCCGCCGCCAUCCCAUACGACCACAACUAACAGAGAGAGAGAGAGAGAGAGAAAGAUAGAGAGAGAGAGAAAGAUAGAGAAAAGCUACGCUAUCUUUACACUGUUAGCGCUGUGUACCUGAGGGAAAUGUGGAAAAAAGAUGUAGAAGAUGUUCAUCACUGACUCCUGGCUGCUGACUAACGAGCAGGUUGCAAAAUACCUUUAUAUCAAGUGUAGCAAUGUUGCGUGUGUCGUAUAUAUAUUCCAUGAACCAGCACCGGAUGAGUGAAUAAAAUUCAGAUGAGGUUUAGAUGUGAAAAACGAUGGCGCCAGACCGAAGGACAUCAGAAUCAUUUAGGGUUUUGUUCAUAUCGUAUCAUCAUCUAUAUGUAGGAGGAUAAACCCCUCAGUGGAGGUUAGUCUAGCGCAACCUUGCGCAACCAAGAAAAGAAAAGAACAAAAAAGCAACUUGACAUGUUUGUGGAAGCAAAAUCCUUUUAGAGAAGGUUUUUUUUUUUUUUUGCUCAUGUAAUGACGUGAUAUUUGAAAUAUGGCUUGAACGCUGAAUCAUUAUUUAUUUUAUUGCCCAUUUUAUUGCAUUUCCUGACAAAUCCAGGGAGUAUUAAUUGACACAAAAUUAACACAUUUUUCUAGAUGUAAUAAUUUGUUCGUAACUUAAACAAAGACUGAAAUUUAUUUAUCUUAUAUCUUAAAUUUUACAGUUUCAUUUGUCAGAAUAAAGUCCCUCAGCCUGUGGUUUAUAUAUUAGAUAAAUAAUCUGAUGAAUUAAUAUUACUAACUAUUAUUUCUAUUAUUCCUGAUAGAUUUGCGGUUUCUGUGCACGCUGCUAAACGGUCGGGGUUAUUAUUAGUCUGGACGCUCGGACUCUUCUUAUACUGAAAAUAAAUUUCGGCCCGGUCUAGUCCGUCAUCACGUCACCUCCACGUUAUUAUUCUGACGAUCAGCGCGCACUUGUAGCACCAGCAGCACUCGGCUAAUUCAUCAGAAAUGUUUUGGUGGAGCGGUGAUUUGUUGUGGGAUGUGUUGUUGCCGUCAGCUCCCUGAGAGAUUUGCCUUAAUCAGAAAGCAUUUGUACACACGGACUAUAUCGCAGCAAUAGAAUGCAAACGCCACACAGCGAGUCAAUUUCAAGCCUUAACGGUCAUAAAAACCUCAUUAUAAUCACGCUUAGAUGAAAAAAAAUAUAUAUGUUCGCUUAGAUCGGAUUAUAAUAAUCUGCUUUAAUCCUGUCAUGUACCGAUCAUGUAUCUAAUAUAAGCGGCGCAUGUAGGACAUCAUAAUAAUGAAGUAUGAUCCAGUUUCCUGUUAGAGACCUCGCGCAGCACUGUUGCUAACGCCACCAAAAUGAGCCACGUGAAAUAAACAGAUUUGCAGCCCUUUUCUCUUUUUUUCUUUUUUUAAAGGCGUUAGUCAGUGAUAGGGUCAUCAAAAUCUUUCCAAAAAAAAAAACCAGGAGUAUUCUUCAUGGCUAAGUCUUUAUUUCGUCCUUAUUAGCAUCACGUGUUAAAAUGGACCGAGAUGCUAGUUUACACUGGUUAACCGGCCAAAAUACUGAAACACUUAAACAUAUGUAGCAACACGGGGAGGGUGGGGAAGUGGUGUUUUUGGUGGUCUUGUGUCACUUCUUGCUAAAACUGCAGUCAUGUUUACUUUGGUUCGGCUUUAAACAAUAAAUGUAGUAUAUUCAAAACCGAAAAAAAAAAAACCCAUGUCCAUCCUGUGAUCACGUGAUCAAGCUUCAGCUUCACUUUAAACAAAAACCAUCGUGCUUUUUGACGCUUUUUUAAAAAAUAUAUAUAUGUCCACUCACGUAGCAUCUUCGUCACGUGUACCCUCGUCUUAAACGUCUGGAACGAAGAGAACAGAGAUAACUGAGGAAACACUUGGGUUCUCUGUGUGGUGUUGAAUUUGACCUUAGAUUCGGGUCGAUCGCGUUGCUCUUCACCCAGAGCGAGAUUGUGGUGUUAGAAUUUUUCAGCUGACUCGUGAGGAAAAAAACCGACCGAGUUUGAUUUGUUGAUAUGAACGUAUUCUCAUUCUUGCUUAUUAAACUUCUGUAGACUUUUUCUUUUUCUUUUUUUUUUUUUUUUUUGCAUGAGAUCAGGUUGGGCAGGGAGAUAUCUCCCCUGUUAGCAUCUCCCACCGGACAGGGCUCCUAGCAUCUGGGAGUUCGGUCACGUUCUGUACCUUAAAAACUGUGAGUUAAAGAGGAAAACAUGGUUUACUUCUAAAUCCAGACCCAUCUGCUCGAUCGAGUCGAUUUUUAUACUACGACUAACGAAUCUUUAUGAUGGCAGCGGUCUUUUUUUGGAAUAAUUGUAAUCGUGUGCAGCAUUUAGCAGUAGAUAGCGUCGCACUCGCUCACUCACACACACACACACACACACACACAGACAGACACCCCGUCCAUCCGCAACGAUGACCACGCCGAGCCGGCCUUCUUUGGAGAAUGUGUCACAGCGUAUGACUCACUGAAUCGUUCUGUGUCUUAAUGGUUUCAGAGUGAAAUUUGUUCGAUUUCUUUGUCGAUAUUAUAUCAUAAAUAUUGUAUAUGUUUAAGAGGGAGAGCUUUAUAUAAUAUCAGGGACGGGAAGGGAUGGGAAGGGGGCGGGGCCGAUAAAAGACAACGGACGACAUCUUGUCAUGCAUUUCAUCCCGUCACAAAUCACGAAUCAUCUCGAUAUAUCCAUGAACAUCUCGAUAAAUCAUCAGCACACGUGGUUUUUAUUUAGCAAACUGCUGCUUUUUUUUUUGUGUGUUUUCUGCCACAAAACAUCAGAAAAGGAAGUACAAAAAACUGUUGAACUGAUUUCAAUGUGAAUUUUUCUUGCCUCUUGUGUAUAUGUGUAAUUACAUGUGAAUUGUAUUGUAAAUAUGAUAUCUUUCAUCUAUAUUUCUUAAUGCAUGAACUAAAACAGGGCAGUUGGUAGUAACAGCUAGCCUCACUGCGACUGGCAUGGACAGCUUUUGCAGCACCUGCAUAACUUCUGCAAACGAAACCUCUGAAAAAAAAAAACGACAAAGGAAAAAAAAAUUACAGGAAAAAAUAAAUACGGUUUUGUUUUGCAUGACUUACAUUUUUUUUCCCCCAAAAAAGGGUUAUUUAUUUAUUUGUUUGUUUGUUUGUUUAUUUAUUUAUAUUUUAUAUUUUAUUUAUUUAUUUAUAUUUUAUAUUUUAUUUAUUUAUUUUUAUUUCAUUUUAUUUGUUUAUUUAAUUUUUUUUUUUUGUAUUUUAACCUGUUCACAGAUUCACCUUUACACACACACAACGACAGAAUCAACUCGCUUUUCGAGGUGCUUUUACUUCUUGCACUGGAUAUGGAAACAGAUCGGACUGAACUCCCUGCGGUUCUGAGAAAAGAGGCGAUUUUAGACAGAAAGAAUACGAAUCGCUAAAAUAUUCAUACGAUAAACUAAACGAAGGAAUAUGCAUGUCGUCAUCCUUUCUUGAUUUUUUUGUUUCGUUUUGUUUUUUAUAGAUCACGUUUAAUUAGAUGGAUAGACGGAUAAAUAGGCAGAUAAAUAAAUGCAAACUGGAAACCAGAGAACAAAUUUUUUUUUUUUUCCUUUGCUGGAUGAGUUUGUAAAAAAAUAAAUAAAUAAAUAAAACACACAAAAAAUAAAUAAAUAAAUAAAUAAAACACAAAAAUGUCUGGCUCAGAAGGAUAUUUAAAUGAUCUCGCUCUCCAAAAAUUACAACCACACAAAAAAAAAUUGUUUCCAAAUGUAUUAUUAUUAUUAUUAUUAUUAUUAUUAUUAUUAUUAUUAUUAUUAUUAUUAUUAAUUAAUUACUUUUUCUUAUUAUUUUAAAGAAAUCAUUCCUUCACUGAUCUACAGUUCAAUCCUUCUUCAGUAUGGUUUCCUUUCUAAUUGCUCGUAUUUGUUGUAUUUUAAACAAGUCGUUAUUUCUUAUUGUUGCUGUUGUUUUUCUCAUAGAAAAGGAAAUAUAUUUCUACUCUACAUUAUGCCCUGAGAGUGAAAAAAAAAAAAAAAAAAAAAAAGCGAUUUGUGUUGUACUGGUUCAGUUCACUUCUUCUUCUUUUUCUUUUUUUUCUUCUUUUUUUUUUUAAAUUAUUAUUCUUAUUAUUUAUUCUGUUAAUAUAUAGAUGUUCUGAUUCAUUUUUUUUGGGGUAUGAUUUGUCUUCAUGAACUCAACAUUUGUACAAUAUAAAGUUGUAUUUCAUUUCUUUUGUCAGUGCCGAUUUAAUGUAAUGGUGUCCGUCAGCUUUUCUAGGUGUUUGAGCAAAAUGUGUUUUUUACUAAUACAAACUGUAACAGUAUGUGGUACAAAAAAAAAGGGUUAUACUUAACCGACUGACUUUUUACAAAUAAAGGCUUAUACAGUAAAGAA